AUGGCGCCCAAGCUGAAAAUUGCGGUGGGUGACGAUACGUCCUUCACGAAAGAGCAAAAUCCGUUUACUAUCAUGAAAAAUGUACAGCUGCUUUCGCGCCUUCAUGGGAUACUUGAAAUGUCUGAGCGUUUAGAGAAUGCAUCUUGGCGUCUCUGGCACACGCAAUAUGAAAAACAAAGGAAGAGUCAAAGCACAUCAAAAAGAUGGAUAGAAUUCCAGAAACUCCCAUCUUUGUCUUUUCCCUCACCUUCUGACCCUCUUUCAUCCUCGACGAUACCCAUUACUCAUGGUUCCAUGGAUGUUCCCCAGUUGGCUCUUUCUGCGUUUGCGGAAAAAUGCAAUUCGCAAAAAUUAGAUAUGCCCACAAUGUGUGAAUCAACUAAUCUUUUACAACAAAGGGUGCAUGAAUACCCUCAUGUUUCACAAUCGAUACCUGAUUCUGUGCCAAUAAAACAACAUUUGUCUUCUGCGGACUUGCUUCAGCUGAACCCUUUCGAAAGUACCACACAGGUAUGUGGCAUGCAGGGAUGCAACGUAUACGCAGGUCAAGACUUGCUUAUGCAGGCAUUGGCCAGUGCGUCAUCUGAACUUUCAGGUGAAGCACCGAUAGGCACCCUCAUGAACAAGGACCCGCUGACGGAAAACGAACCGACCCAUACCACCUUUGUGUCCAAACCAUCUGACGAAAGAAAUGCAUGGAAAGAGAAAAAUGCAAAAUUGAAUCCUGAAGCAUCUACAGAGAAACCUAACGUCGAUGUUGAACCAGAAGAGCUACCCAUCUGCAGUAAUUGUGGUACAAAUAAUACGCCUUUGUGGCGCAGGAAUCAUAAUACUCUCUUGCUCUGUAAUGCGUGCGGCCUUUAUUUAAAAAUUCACAAAACGCACCGACCGUUAAUGCUAAAAAAGCGCCAUCAGUCAGGCAACAGCUCACGGACACACUCACGGGAGGGUUGUUAUGGCCCGGCAAGCACAGGUUGCACGAACUGUGGUACAAAAGUCACACCACUAUGGCGCAAAGGGCUAGGAGGUGCUUUGUUGUGCAAUGCAUGUGGACUGUACUUAAAAUUGCACCAUGUAAACCGACCGGUCCGAUACCGUGCGGAUUUUAUUCGCAAACGUUCACGCUUCGAUCACAAAGAAAAACAGAGUCAACCAGAUUCUCCCGUGGCACAUAUCGAAUCCCUUGGGUCAUUAAAUGACCAUGUGAAUCAUUCCUAUGGUCAAACCUGGCCUAGUUCUUCACCAUCUUUGCAGGGACUGGACUCGAAUGACUAUUCCAUUGUUGCGCCUUGCCCCGACCGUUGUGAUUCUGUCUCUGAAGCCAAGCUUGUGCUUAACAUGUCCGAAGAAUUGUUGUCCUCGCCUGUAUCUAUCGAAUGCUGUGCAUCAGAAAAUUGCACCGGUCCUGUGUUAUUAAACGACCCUUCACUCUUCGAGUAUUCUAAUCAAGAUGCUCGCAUGGUGGACCUCGACUUGCUCGCUAUGGACAACGACGCGCUGAUGUCUCCGGCGCUACCUGACUCGGAUAAGCAUUCGUUGUGGCCUGUAUACCCUCCCUUGUAG